AUGGGAAAUAUUUUCUCUAAUUCUUGCAUAGAUUGUUCUAGAAGAAAUUAACAUGAUUAGAGAAUCGAUUAAACAUUUGAAGGGAUUUUAGAAUAGGAAUGUAUACACUGGGAUACUAUUUAAAAAAGAUUUCUGAGAACCAAAUUCUUUGUCACAAGACCUAAGAAUAACAAAAUCUAUUAUAUAUCUGAUAGUGGAUCAAUUAUGAGGAUGUAAUAGCAUAUAUAACAUCAAAAUUAGUGAGCAAAUCAGUGAUCAAUAACUCUAAUAAUUUGAAAUAUUUACUAAUAUAGAACAAAUAAAAUACCUUAAAUGGGUAGGUUAAUAUGGAAAUAAUUAAUUAAAAAAUGGACAGUGGAAAGCUUUUUGGCAAGGUGAAGCUUUAAUCGGUAUAGGAGGGGCAUACUCUGAAGAUGGAAAAAAAUAAGGAUAAUGGAAUUAACCAUUCUAAAAUUUUUCAAAGUAAACAUAUUGUUUAUUUAAAAGGUAAUUUUAGGUGUGUGAAAAUGGAAAAUAUUUAAAUGAUUAGAAAAUACAAUUAUGGAAAUACACCCUUGGGCAUGAAGAAAUGUUAAUUAUUUUAGUAUAUUAGUGGCGGUGGAUUAUAUGACAAUUAAUUAAAGCAAGGAUAAUGGAUUGAAUUGGUCAAUAACUUUUCAGAGUAUAUAAUAAAAUAAUAUUAUUAAUUAGUCAUAGUUAAAUAACUUUAUAGGGUGAAUAUAAUAAUGGUAACAAAGUGGGUAGAUGGGGUUUCUAUCAUAGGAAGAAAAUUUAUUAGCACUUUGAAAUUAUGUAUAAUACUAUUUGAAUAAAACAUUUAUUUUUAGUGGGGGUGGAUCAUAUGAUGAUUAAGAAGGAAGAGAUUCAUUUAAAAUAGGAAAAUGGUAAGAGCCCAGUGAUGGAUUUCAUAAGUAAAUUUUUCACAUAAAUUAAAUGUUUUAGUGAUAACUAAGUAAUGUAUGAAGGUGAAUAUUAAAAUGGUAUCAAAGUUGGGAAAUGGAAAAUUUAUAUGAUUUGUAAAGAUGGACAAAGUAUUACAAUGUAAUUCUAUUUUCUUAAAUUAAUAUUUCUUAAUAAGUGGUGACGAACAAUAUGGCAAUUAGUAAGAAGCUGAAAAUCUACUUGGUAUUAAAUAGGGUAAAUAGUGUGAAUUGAUGGAUUUACUUCAAAAGUACAUUGAACAUUUAAUAACUAUUAUGUUUAGUUCGAGUCAGAUCACUUAUUUUGGUGAAUAUAGAAAGGGCAUAAAAGUUGGCAGAUGGGAAAUUUACUGGAACUAAAAUAAUGAUAAAUCUUUUAAAUUGAUGUAAAAUUAUUAUUUAAAUUAUUUUAUUAUAAUAUAGUGGCGGGGGAUUAUAUUAAGACAAAUUAGAGGGUUAAUUUUAAAAUGAACUUAAAUAAGGUAGAUGGGUUGAGUUGAGUGAGGAAUUUAGGGAGUAUUUUGAAUUAUUCAUAAUUUUAAUUAGUUCAAGUUAAAUCACUUGGAAGGGUGAUUAUCAGAACAAUAAUAAAGUUGGUAGAUGGAAUAUCAGGUUUUAUUGGAAAAAUAUGUAAAAAAUAUUUAUUUUAACACUUAUCUAUUUUAGUGGUGGGGGAUUAUAUGAUGUAGUUGAUGUUGGUUUGACAACAAAAGUUGGGAAAUGGAUAGAAAUUAGCGAUAGGUUUGAUAGGUAAAUAAAUUAUAAUGCACACUAAUUUUUAGAGAGAAUUAAAUCAUUUAUAAAGGAACAUAUAAGUAUGGUAAAAAAGUUGGUAGAUGGCAUAUUUAGAUUAGAAAUAUACAAUCAAAGAAAGGCAAUGAAGAAAUGUAAAAUUAAUAUUUAUUUCUAUAAUCUUUCAUUUAGUGGUGGGGGGUGCUAUGAUGAAGAAGGUCAGGCCCUUAAGAUUGGGAAGUGGAUUGAUGUGGAUGAUGGAUUUUCUUAGCAGAAAUCAAUAACUUAUCAUGGUGAAUAUAAAAAUGGUAAAAAAGUAAGGAGAUGGGAUACUUAUCAGACUUCAGGGGAAUAAAUGUAUAAUAUAGAUUAUAUAAAUAUUUUUAGUGGCGGGGGAUGCUAUGAUGAAAAAGGUGAUGGGAUAAAGAUUGGUAAGUGGAUUGAUUUGGAUGAUGCAUUUGAUUGUGAAAACAAAGUGACUUAUCACGGUGAAUACUAUAAUGGUAAAAAAGUAGGUAAAUGGAAUACAUAUUGGACCAGAGAAUAAAGGUAUAAUUAAAAUUUGAAUAAACUUUUUUAGAGGAGGUGGAUCUUAUGAUGAAUAAGGUGAUGGCAUUAAGAAUGGUAAGUGGAUUGAUUUAAGUGAUAAAUAUCAGAUGAUUACUAAAGUAAUUUUUGCUGGAGAAUAUAAAAAUGGUAAAAAGGUUGGUAUGUGGAUGACUUUACUUUGGAAUGAUAUGGUUAAAUAUUAUUAAUAAAUGUAAAAUAUUUGAAAUAUCAUCAUAAUAAUUUUUAGUGGUGGAGGAUGUUAUGAUGGACAAGGUCAUGGCACAAAAAAUGGGAAAUGGAUUGAAUUGGAUGAAAAUAAUAAUAAACAAAAAUCAAUUUUAUAUUAUGGUGAGUAUAAAUAGGGUAAAAAGAUAGGGAGAUGGGAUAUUAUGAAAAAAAGAAGAGGCUAACCAAGUAAAUAUAUGUAAAAAUUAAUUUAAUAUGGUUUAUAAAAAAUUUUAGUGGUGGUGGAUCCUAUGAUGAAAAAGGUAAUGGCGUUAAGAUUGGAGAGUGGAUUGAUUUGGAUGAAUAUGGAAAAGAAAGUCGUUAAAUAACCCUACAUGGUAAGUAUUAAAAUGGGGAAAAAGUUGGUAUCUGGAAAGUAUUUUUAAAACAUUAGUAAAUUGCUAAAAUUUAAUAUCUAAUUUGA